AUGGAAAACCUUACGCCAGACAACUGGCGGGAGAUUGUGAACAAAAAGCUUCACUUUCCACCGGAGCUGAUCCCCGCCAUCCAAGAGGGCAACACAGUCUGGGUGGACAGUCUCCUCUCCCUUGGUGACGGGAUCAUCCGUCAGCUGGACGAGUCUGAGGAUCGGUUAUGGAGGGAAGCAUUGAACCUCUCCAUUCGACUGGGCAGUGAAGACAUCAUGACCUCCCUUCUGCUGGGUGUCAAGUUUGACUUCCGUCAGAUCCACGAGGCUCUGCUGGUGGCCGUCGACACCAACCAGCCCAGAUUCGUCAAACAUCUCCUGGACCGCCUGGAUCAGGAGAAAGGCAACAAGAUGGACGUUCGUUCUUUCAGCAUGGACAUUUUCGACCACUCCAUUGACGAUUCUCAAUUCGCGCCAGGAGUGACCCCACUAACGUUGGCCUGCCAAAAGGACCUGUAUGAGAUCGUAACUAUGCUGACCCAGAGAGGCCAUGAUAUUCCUCUGCCUCACUCCAUCUCGUGCACAUGCCUGGAGUGCCGUAACGGCCGGCAAUACGACUUGCUCAAGUUCUCACUAUCCCGUAUAAAUACGUACAGAGGCAUCGCCAGCCGUGCAUAUCUGUCCAUCACCUCAGAAGACGCCAUGCUCAGCGCUUUCCACCUCAGCCGAGAACUGCGCAAACUCUCUAAGAAAGAACCAGAAUUCAAGCCUCAGUACCUGGAGUUGGAACAGCUCUGUCAGGAGUUCGCAGUGGAGCUGCUGGGAGUGUGCCGGAACCAGAGUGAGGUCUCCACCAUCCUCAACAGCGCUGACGAUGACAACGAGGAUGAAGAACUUAAUGAACAGACAUUUGAGGAAGGUAUCCCCAACCUUGCUCGUCUUCGACUGGCGGUCAACUACAAUCAAAAACAGUGGAGUUCAGUACGAGAGGACUGGAAACAGGAGGAUCCUCAGCUGAUUGCAGAGACCGCCGUGACCAGCAUGCUGAGUUUCACACGUCUCGCCUACAUUCUGCCGGCCCAUGAAUCCCUGGGAACCCUGCAGAUAUCCAUGGGAAGAAUGAUCGAUAACAUGAUGAGGUUCAUGUUCAUCCUUAUGAUUAUUGGAACAGCAUUUUUGUGUGGAAUAAACAACAUAUACGUCCCGUAUGUUGUUUCUCCACAUCUUGGCAGAUUGAAUGAUACAUUUAACUUCCUCUUCUGGACCAUGUUUGGAAUGGCAAACCAGGAAUACGUAGACAUGCCUGAUGAGUUUGUGGGAAGGAUCUUUUACGGGAUAUUCACACUGCUCAUCGUCAUAGUGCUACUCAACAUGCUUAUUGCCAUGAUCUCCAAUUCGUUUCAGAGGAUCGAGGAUGACGCAGAUGUCGAGUGGAAGUUUGCUCGUUCUAAGCUCUACCUCAGUUACUUCAGGGAGGGUCUCACUAUGCCAGUUCCCUUUAACAGCAUCCCAUCUCCAAAGGCUCUCUUCUAUACCUUGAGAAGCAUCUGCCAAAAGAUUUGCUGUUGCUGUAACAAGAAAGCCCCAGAAUAUCCUCCCAUCGCAUCUUUGUCUAGCAAUACUCUGAAUAGCAGCGGAGGUCAAGGUGAGGGCAGAGUGCCAUACCGCCUGCAGGUGACCAAAGCUCUAGUGCACCGCUACAUCGAAGCCGCACGCAGAGAGUUUGAAGAGAGCAAGCGUAAAGAUGUUGGGAACAGAAUCACUGAGCUGAAUAAAGUUGUCGGCCGACUGCACUCCGAGAUGCAGGAGUUUCACCAGAAGCUGCAGUGGCGGCGCAAAAGCGAGCCGGACCAGGCCAGCAUCCUGGGCAAAUACAUCAUGGGCGCAAGGAACAAUUUCCGUGACUUUGAUAAGAAUGAGGCCAUGGGGUGCGAAAACACAGGUCUGCCCAUCAGUACGCAUCCCGCUCAGGAGGAGGAGGACGACGAGAGGGAAGGAGAGAUCAAAAGGGAGGAGCCCGAGUCCGAGGGCCCUGUGGAGCCCGUCCCAGGAGAAGAAACUUCUUUUGAGACUGCUGACACUGCUGAUGUGUGA